AGAAGAAAAAUAAAACGGCUAAGAAACAUACACACAAAGCACACUCUUACUUUUUGAAAAUGAAUUCUCCCCACGAAAAGGCGGUUCAAGCUAUCCUUUACGGACAUAGCUGCGCCAAGCGGUUGAAGCUCUGGCUUGAGGAUCCAAUGGCUGAUGACAGAUCGAUUUCAGGCUAUGACCUUGCUACAUCGAUCGUCCAUUGUUUUUCAAGUGCUAUCUCAGUCUUAUCUGAUAAACCAAUAUCCGAGGAUGAUCAGGUUUCUGAUUUAUCUUCAAUGGAUUCUUCUCCUCCUCUUCUCCAGAGAAACCACUCCAAGAAAAGAAAGAUAAAUAGUACAAAUUCAACCAAGAACUGGAGGGACGAUUCACCGGAUCCCUACUACGACGGGUUUCUUUGGAGGAAAUACGGCCAAAAGUCUAUUAAAAACACUAAACACGAAAGGAGCUACUAUAGAUGUACUUACAACAUAGAUCAUGCCUGUGGAGCAAGAAAGCAUGAACAGCAGAUCAAAGACAACCCUCCGGUUUACCGAACCACUUACUUUGGCCACCACACUUGCAAGAUUAACAAUAACCAUGAUUCUGUUUUCACUGCGGUUCGAGAUCAGGUUGAUGUUGUGGGAAGUUCCCGGAUUAUACAAUUCGGGAAAGAGCUUGACCAGGAGAAGGGAAGUUGCUUGACCGAUUUUCCUUUAUCGGUUAAGCAUGAAGAAUCAAUCAUCAAAGAGGAAACCACUGACCAUUACCGUGAGAUAACCGGUGAUGAUAAAGAUUGUCAACAUGUGAUGGAUGAGAAUCAGUCAUCACUAUCAAGUUCUUAUACUCCUCCGUCGUCAUCUGUGAGUGAAACUGACAUGUUUGAUACAGAUCUGUUAUUGAACAACUUAGACUCGUGGGAUCGUUAUGGUUUGUUUGACUUUGGAGUUCAGUAGAAUUUUUUCAACUAAAGAAUCUCCUUUGACGAGAUUAAUGAGAAUUACGCGUAUGUAUGUUAUUGAAUAAUUUCUAGUUUCUAGGUACCAUCUUGUCGAGCAUAACUAGAAUAUUUGAAGUGGGUUGUUGUAAGAAAUCAUUUGCUAGAGACAAAGUGUAAUACAUAUAUCCACCAAACCAGGAAAUAACUUAUAAAACAAAUUUAGCCAA